UACAGGAGACAGUACGUCACCACUGGUUCUGUACGGUCCAAGUGGAUGCGGAAAAACGACUUUGCUCGCAAGGAUUGCUCAAUGCUGCCAACAGUGGUUGCCAGAAGCCUUUUCAAUUGUACGAUUUGUUGGGAUUAGCGCUCAAUCGAGUACUGUUGAACAACUUCUGAGUUCCAUCACAAAUCAGUGUUCAAUAUUGAAUUAUGGCCAUAAAUGCUAUUGUACACAUAACAUAGAAACCUACCAAAAAGUUCUCCCGGCUCUUCUCACAGAAACUUGUUUACAAAGACCUCUGGUGAUCCUACUAGAUGGUCUGGACCAAGUGAGAAAGUACAGUUCCAAGAGCAUAGAUUGGCUUCCGACGGUGUUACCGGACAACAUCAAACUGAUCAUUUCUGUUUCGGAAUCCAGCGAGAUGUACUCGAAGAUCAGCGAAAAACUGAACGAAGACAAUUUCAUCAAGAUGCCCAUGCUUGGUCAAGAAGAGGCUAAAGGUAUCCUUAUGUCCAGCGUGAUGCAGUACAACCAUAGUGUCAAUUCCAAGAUACAAGACUGCGUGUUGAAGUCUGUGCAAGAGUGCACUAUCCCACUUUAUUCGAAGGUCCUGGCUUGGCAGACAUCAUGGUGGGUAGAUAAAGAGCACGCAAUUAUCCCAAAAGGCAAUGUGAACGAUCAGCUGAAUCUGAUGUUGGAGGAAUUAGAAGCGAUCCUAGGAGUUACCCAAGUUCAACACGCCCUAGCGAUUUUAACUAGUACGAAACAUGGGAUAACUGAUUCCGAAAUGAUUGAUCUUUUGGCAUUUGAUGGAACUUUUCAUAGCAAUACGACUUACGUAUCAUGGGCUCCGGCAUGUUUAGCCUGGUCGAGACUCAACAAACAUCUAGCUCCUUUCGUUCAGUGGACUCUGACUGGUGGCGUUUUAGGCAUCCAGUGGAAGGACAAUAUGUUGAGACAAGCAGUAUCGGUUCGAUAUAAGGAGCAUAGGAAAUGGGCAAAUCAAAUGCUAUUUGAUUAUUACAACCAUAUUGUCAACAGUUUCUCUUCCACUUCCAGGUACAUGCUAGACAGCGAUUCGCAACCACCGUGUUACCGACUGAGACCUAUCUCCUGCCAUAUUCCAGGUUUCAAAGAAACCUCUCUGGAAGAUCGAGAGAAGGCUUUUGCGGAAUGGGCCACAGAAAUAGAUAAGAUGUUGGCAGUACUCAUAACGGUAUUUUCACCAGAGCUGAGAGAUACUUAUUUGACUACAGUCGUUGAACAGGAAGUCCACAAUACAGUUUUCAUGAGUCAAGAAUUGGCAAAGAGAUGCGUGUGGUUGAACAGAGUCUAUACACCAACGGCAAAAACUCCGGAUAACAUGACACCUGGAGAAGCUGAAGCCCACAGGAGACUGAACGUUUUACAAAAGGAUCUGAAGAAUCAAUUGACUGAGAAACAUAUGAUCCGGAUACCAGUGAAGUACGUAGAUGGUGGUUUGAACCAGGAAAUUCCAGAACACGAGGACUAUAUUGCAACGGUGACUCAUCAUCUGAAGAAACAUCUCAGUGAGAUGAUCAGCACAAUCGUAGACGAACAUCAGAGUAAGUCGCUGCUGAAACCGAGCUACGGGAUAGAAGCUUCUUUGUUCGAGGAGUUGAACCAGCAGACCAAUUUUUGCCAGAAAGCCGCACAAUGUAACAUCAACAGGGAAGAGACGAUUGAAGAUAUUAAAUCGUAUGUAUUUCGGAAAUAUGAGGUUAGGGAUCUAACAGGAAAAUGA